GGUCAGUAGUGCUGCGCUUAUUUUUCUUCCCAGCAAUCACACUCCUAAACUGCAUUGAAAUGAUCACAAAUAAUCUUUAACCAUGUGACAGAGCAUAUGGGGAUUUAUGCGAAAUAAGAGGCGUUUAUUUUCUGCAGGCAACAAUCCGGAAAUGUGUGCUUUGCAAGCGCAUCCCCCUUGCUCUUCUUCCUCCUGCAUGCAGCCGUAUUGAAGUGAAGCUGGUUUGAACAGAGACGAGAGGGAGAUACGAAGCAGCGGUGAUUUCAAGCAUUAGGAUGGGUCUGAGAUUGCUUUUCUCGCUCGCAUGGAUUCUUGCCUUCAAAGCUGCUAAUAUUCAAGGUUUGAAUACCGACGAGGACCAUUCCCAAGAUUUGGAAUGCAAAAUGAAAAGCGUCACCGUGUCUGCGCUGCCGUUUUUGAGAGAAAACGACCUGAGCAUCAUGCAUAGUCCGUCGGCCUCCGAGCCCAAGCUUCUGUUCUCCGUCAGAAAUGAUUUUCCGGGGGAAAUAGUCGUCGUGGACGAUCUAGAAAACACCGAACUACCCUUUUUCGUCCUAGAGAUCACAGGAAACUCUGAGGACAUUCCUCUGGUGCGAUGGCGGCAGCAGUGGAUGGAGAAUGGCACACUGCUCUUUCACAUCCAUCACCAAGAUGGCAGCCAGAACCUCCCCGGCCUGUCCGCCACAGACUACCCUGCCAGCGACUCUGCCGAGGAAGAGUUACGCAUCCUUCACAUCUCUGUCAUGGGAGGCAUGAUCGCCUUGCUGCUGUCCAUUUUGUGCCUGGUCCUCAUCCUCUACACGCGCAGGCGAUGGUGCAAACGCCGCCGUGUGCCCCAGCCCCAGAAGAGCGCCAGCGCCGAGGCAGCCAAUGAGAUUCACUACAUCCCUUCGGUGCUGAUGGGAGGCCAGGCCAGGGAGAGCCUGAGAAACUCCAGGGGCCAGGGUCACAAUUCCAGUGGCACGCUCAGCAUCCGAGAGACACCCAUCCUGGACGGAUACGAGUAUGACAUCACUGACCUGAGACACCACCUGCAGAGAGAGUGCAUGAACGGAGGAGAGGACUUUGCCAGCCAGGUUACACGCACCCUGGACUCCCUUCAGGGCUGCAAUGACAAGGCCAGCAUGGACCUCACACCUGGGGAGUGGAGUGACAAUACAAAGUUGUCCCUAAUGAACAAGUACAAGGACAACAUCAUAGCCACCAGCCCCAUUGACAGCAAUCACCUGCAGCAGAACACUCUCCUCCCCCACAACACCUCCACCAGUCAACGCAAACAACGUCUGUCCAGCAAAACCCGAGCGGGUUCAACCUUCUUAAACCCGGACGGGGACUCGGGCACGGAGGCCGACAGUGAACCUCAGCUGACCUUUUACACUGACCCCAAUCGCAGCAGGCGCCGCAGCCGAGGUAUGAGAAAUGGUAACGCCAACAGCGCGUGGGGCUCAGGGGCAGGUUCCCCACGAAGCCCCAUCAAUAAGACCACCCUGACUUUGAUCAGCGUUGUCAGCUGUGUGAUCGGCCUGGUGUACUCCUCACACCUCUCCUGUGGCCUCAACGUCCGGGUCAUCCUCCAUGUGCCUGAGCACCUCAUCGCAGACGGGUCCAAGUUCAUUUUGCUGCAGGGCAGUCAACUGGAUGCAUCUGACUGGCUGAACCCGGCCCAGGUGUUGCUAUACUACCAGCAGAAUGCCAGCGGGCCUUGGAUCAAUGAGCUGUGUGGCCGCCGCAUUCUGGACCCCUGUGAACACCAGUGUGAUCCAGAGACAGGUGACUGUCUAUGCUUAGAUGGCUACAUGAAGGACCCUGUCCAUAAGCAUCUCUGUAUUCGUAACGAGUGGGGUCCAAAUCAAGGACCCUGGCCUUACACUAUUUUCCAGCGUGGUUUUGAUCUGGUGAUGGGAGAACAACCAUCUGAUCGCAUUUUCAGGUUCACAUACACAUUGGGGGAAGGGAUGUGGUUACCAUUGAGUAAAAGCUUUGUCAUUCCACCUGCUGAGCUGGCAAUCAACCCAUCAGCCAAGUGCAAGACUGAUAUGACUGUCAUGGAAGAUGCUGUGGAUGUGAGAGAAGAGCUGAUGAUCUCCUCAUCGUUUGACAGUCUGGAGGUUUUACUGGACUCGUUUGGCCCGGUGCGUGACUGCUCAAAGGACAACGGUGGUUGUAGCCGAAACUUCCGCUGCAUCUCUGACCGCAAGCUUGAUUCCAGUGGAUGUGUGUGCCCUCCGGGACUGAGCCCUAUGAAGGAUGGCACGGGCUGUUACGACCACCACAUUGGCAUCGAUUGCUCUGAUGGCUUCAACGGAGGCUGUGAACAACUGUGCCUCCAACAGCUCGCCCCCCUGGAGGAUGACCCCACCCUCUACAACAUACAGAUGUUCUGCGGCUGUAUUGAGGAUUACAAGAGAGGUCAAGAUGGUCGUUCCUGCCAGCCCUUGUCUGAAGCCUGUACUGAGGGACUGGACUGUGGGGAAACAGCUGACAUCCCAGCCAACCAAACCGUUUUCGGGGACCUCUUCUAUGGCUACAACAACCAUACCAAAGAAAUCAUCUCUGGUCAGAUCCUCAAAGCUACCUUCAGGCAGAAGAACUUUGCCCGAGGCAUCGAGCAGCAGCUCCCAGAUGGCAUGGUGGUGGCAUCAGUGCCAACCGACGUGCAGUGCCACGAAGAGCUGUCAGACCCAGUCCCUGAUCCAGACUAUCUCACAGGAAUGGUGAACUACAGUGAGGUCUCUGGGUACCCACUCAUCCAGCAUUGGAGGCUGAGGUCUGUCCUGUACCAUGUCAAACUGAACCAGUGGGUUCUCUCUCAAGCUUUCAGCUCUGCCAUCCACUCCCUGGAUGGUGCCACCCUCCGCCAUGAUUUUGUCUCCAUCCUCAGGGAGUUUGGUAAUCACUUUGUACAAGAGGCUGUGUAUGGCUUCGAGGAGGCCUGCACUAUCUGGUACCCCAACAAGCAGGUCCAGAGACAGCUGUGGCUGGAGUACCAGGACAUCAGCAAAGGGAAUUCCCCAUCAGAAGAGUCAGAGGAGCGCGACAAGGAGCCCCGGACCCUGACCUACCCAGCGUACAUCGCCAGCCUGCUGGACUCUGGUGCCAAGCGCAUGGCGGCGGGGGUUCGCAUGGACUGCAGCAGCCAGGGCCAGUGUCCGUACUCCUGCCACCUCUGCCACAUGAGCCCUGGGCCUGGGCGUCCAGCCGAGCCUGUCCUGCUCCAGAUCACUAAGGCCACCCCGCUCUACGAGCUGGUCUCCAACAACCACACCUACCAGGCACUGCAGGAGGCCAUGAUGAGCAUGCUGUGGUGUUCUGGGAAAGGUGACGUAAUCGAUGACUGGUGCCGUUGUGACUCAAGUGCAUUCGGGACGGAUGGACUGCCAACAUGUGCCCCUCUCCCUCAGCCUAGGCUCAGGUUGUCUCACUCCUAUGAGCCCAGCAGUUCAUUGGUCAUCGUGGAAUGGAAUCACACUGAGCCACCAAUCGGGGUGCGGAUCGUGGAUUACCUCAUUAGCCAGGAGAAAGUGACAGAGAGGACAGACCACUCCAAAAUGGAGACAGAGACAAUGUUGAGCUUUGUGGAUGAUAUCCUGUCUGGGGCCAAGUCUCCGUGUGUGAUGCUUGGGGAUAUCCCUGACCUCCUGACCUCCUCCGUCAGCAUGAUCAUUCGCUGCCUGGAGCCAGACACCACUUACAUGUUUAGGCUCUGGGCAGUGGACAACACAGGCCGUCGCUCCAGCCCAAGUGAGGUCACCAUCAAGACCCCCUGCCCUGCUGUGGAUGAUGUCAAAGCACAAGAGAUUGCAGACAAGAUCUACAACCUGUUCAAUGGUUACACAAGUGGCAAGGAGCAGCAGACGGCCUACAAUACGCUGAUGGAUCUGGGCUCUCCCACCCUGCACCGUGUGCUCUACCACUACAACCAGCGUUAUGAGAGCUUCGGAGAGUUCACCUGGAGAUGCGAGGAUGAACUGGGGCCUAGGAAAGCUGGUCUGAUUCUCUCCCAGCUGGAUGACCUGAGUGGCUGGUGCAGGGGUCUUCUCCAGGAGCCCAAGAUUGGCCUGCGCAGGAUGUCCCUCAAGUACCUGUCCUGCCGCUACACAGACACCAAGGCCUUUGGUCUCAACUGGGUGGACCUGGGUCAGGAUGUGCGAAAGGCCUGCGACGAACAGAACCUGCCAGUCAUGUACAAUGAUUAUGGGGAGCCCAAAGAACGUUGAACUUCACACAACAAAUAAUGGUUCUUGAGGAGUUGGAAGUGUGCUUUUGGGGUUAUCGUCAUGUCUGCUUUUCAAAUAUUGUAUGUUCUAACCCAUAUUUACAGUUAUAGGAACCUGAUUUCAAGGUAGGGUGUAUUUGAGAAGCAAAUAGGGUUUAUUUCAACAAUUACUAGAGCAAGGUAUAACAGUAAUGCUUUACUGCAUUUAGACAGCACUUUUCAUGACUUUUGGGAAAUUUGGAAGUUGCACCAACAAUCCCAUCCCCAAAAUGUAUAUAUUAUGAUGGCGAAGAUUCAGUUAUUUAACAUGUUGAAUGUAGUAUUCAAGUAUAAAUUCAUAUUUAAGCUGUUGUACAUGUAUGGAGAUAGGCAGUAUAUGAAUUUGUGGUAAAUUUCAGAAGUUUGGGAGUUCAUGUACAGUUUGACUUGGUUUUAGUCUCUAAGGGCUCUAUUGAAUCCGCAUUGCGGAAGUACAGCUUUACAGAGUGAUUGUAAUUUAAAGGCGUUGUUCCUGCUUUAGCGUAGACUGCAUUCAUGGUAAACACUGCAUAUUGGAAAUUAUCUUUACAUUCUAUUGCGUAAUGCUUCAGCUUUACAGACUGAUAGAGCCUUAAAUGUUUAAAGUUGCCAAACCCAAAUGACAGUAUUUGCUACAUCAAUAAAUUCCUAAUUAUUCUGAAAUCAAAUGGCUAUCUUUGAAUCAGUAUUUCUAUUACAAAAUGAAAGAUAACAGAAAAUCAAUGUUUUAUAUUGUUUAUCUGUAGUAUGUUUAUAGAUCUAAUCCUGUCAUACUGUAUGUGUCUUAAGAAUAUACAUGUGCAACAGGUGUUGUUGAUACUGUAAAAACACAAACUCAACUAACAUGCCAGUGUUUGAUACUUUUCUUUUAUUAGAAUAAUUGUUCAUACAUUUACUACAAUAGCAUUUCAAAGCAGCACACACUUGCAAUUAAUAUCAACCAAAUACUGACUGUUUUCUUGAAUACAUUUUUUGGGGCUCCUAACACAUUCCUUAAUGCAGUAGUUGUCCCCAUAACAUAGACUUGAAAACCAAUGCUUGUAGAUAUUUUCAUAGGUUCACCAGUGCAUUAAAUAACAGCACAGAACAGUGGUUUGCUUCUGUAAAUAUUGUAUUACACAUGAUUUGUAUUAUAACAUUGAUAACAGUGGACAUCAGCUGUAAGGAUAUCUUGCAUUAUGAGAAAGCCAUUGGUAUGUUUCUUUUUGUGCAAUUUGCACGAGAGGUGUGAGCAUUCAUUAUGUAUAGUUGUUAUAUGUAUAUUCAUUUUGGAGAGGUUUGUUUAUUCAAUACAAUGAAGUGGAUUAGAAAAAAUGGACAGAUUAAAAUGCUUAACAAAAUUAAUUAUCCAUCAGAAGUGAUUCAGAAUUGUUACCAUACACAACAUAAGCUGAUGAAAACAACAAAAAUCUGCAUGUUAGAUAUAGUAGUUUAUGUGGAUAAUCUAAUGUUCCCUUUUUAACUUUGAUCUUUGCUAUUUCAAAAAAUAAUAAAGAAUAUAUUAUCAAAUGUGGAUUGUUGGACAUUCUGGAAAAAAAGUUACCUUAUCAGUCACCACUUCUAGGCCUUGUUCCUUUUUAGUCAGUUAACUCAAGUCAAUGUAAAACUGAUGGGAAUGUUUCUCAUGGAUUGUAGAGCCUCACACAUGAUGGUAUAAACAACAUUACAAUGCCUAAAGACAUGUAAAUGCAACAUGUAAAGUGUUGGUCCCAUGUUUCAUGAGCUGAAAUAAAAGAUCCCAGAAAUGAUCCA